AUGAAGCAAUCAAUGAAUUUCGUUAUAAAUUUGUGUAAUUUUAUUAGAUCAUUAGUAAUACUGAACAUUCGAAUAAUUCCAUUUAAAGUUGGAAUUAGUGAUUGUGGAAGAUUCAGCUUCCAAAGGCUUGAACAUCCAAUUGUUCUCAGUGGUCUCAUUUUAACAUUUAUAGGUUUGCUUAUUGGAUUAUUAAUCAUAUUGAUUAAGAAACUACAUUCUACAUCCAUAAGGAACAGUAUCUUCAUGGUUAUAACGUUGAUAAUUAUGAUUAUUGGUGUUGGAUUACUAAAUUCACCUACAAAAUGCUUAGCGAUUUUAUUGGGUGUAAAGCUACAAGUUGAAGAAAGAAAAUUGAAGAUAGUCUUGUUCUCAAUGUGGGGCGGCACUUCCCAACUAUAUUGUACUUGGUGUAGCCUGGAUUUGUUGGUGGUGUGCAAUGUUAAUUGUGAUUGUAUACACAGCAUAUUACUUGGAUAG